CAUUAGUAUUUAGUGUCUUUAAAUGAUUUUUUAAAUUAAUUCCACUGUUCAUUCCUAUGGUUUACUGUUUCACGUUGGUCACUGUCACAGGAUUUAAAACCAUAAGGGACUUUAAUCUAAUACAACUCCUUCAUUUCCUUCACAUAGAUAUUGAUCCGAGAGACAUUCCGUGGUUUCUCUGUAACAAUCCUGAGAGCCUGGUUCUAGAGUCAACCCCUCGGAUUGCCCAGGCUUUCUCAUCCCUUCUGUGAGUUGUACAAUCUGCACUGUUUGCCUAAAAUUGUUGUUCAAUUGAUUAGUAAAAGGAAGAACCAUUAACAGGGGAAAAUGUCAAGUCUGAAGCUGAAGGAGGCAGCCCUUGUCUAUCUUGAUAGAAGUGGAGGUCUCCAGAAGUUUAUGAAUGAUUGCAAGUAUUACAAUGAUUCAAAACAGAGUUAUGCUGUCUAUCGCUUUAAUAUUUUAAUAAAUCCCUCAGAUGCUGUGGAAUUAGAUACUGAACUUGGAAAUCACAUUUUACACCAGCCUUUGAAAGCCGCUCAAGUUUUUCAAUCGGUCUGUUUUAUUGCUAUUAAGACACUCUCAUUAAUUGGACAAUUACAAACUGAAACUCAAAUUAAUAUAGUGUUGAAACUAACACAUCUACCGCCUCUACCAAGUUACACCCUUGAUCUUUGUGAGUUUCCACUUGAUUAUACAUCUCAGAGAUAUUAUAUGAUGCAAGGAAUUGUGAUUGCGAUGACAACAGUAACCAAGUACACACAAGGUGCUAGAUUUCUUUGUUCAGAUGAAGCAUGUCCUCUUUCUAAAGGAUUUCAGUAUAUCAGAGUACAUGUGCCUGGUGCUACAGAAUCUGCAACAGUAAGAAAUGACUUUGUGUGUGAUCUCUGUGCAUCUUCACUUCAAGAAGACAGAAAAUUUAGAGUGCUUGGUGACAAACAGAUAGUUGAAAUAAUCACCACCAAGGCAUUGCAUGCUUUCCGAGGAUAUUCUAACAGUCAGCCAUUUAGGUAUCAAUCUCUUACAAUUUUCCUAAGAGAUGAGUUAGUGAACAAAAUUAAAAUAGGAACCGAGUAUAAAAUUAUUGGAAUUCCAACCUGUGUAAAAACCUCACAAACUUCCGUCUGUAUAGAAGCAAAUAGCAUCAGUUUUUGCAAUCCAAACGUUCCCUUGGGAGUUAGUGACAACUUCAAGUGUCUCCUGUCCUUGACUUCUAACUCUUGCUGGAAGUUUACAGCAAUACUAGCAAAUAUCUUUGCAUCACAAAUUGUUCCUCCUGGGACUUACAAUUUACUCAAGCUCUGUUUGUUGAUGAGUCUAGUACAGACAAGUGACCAUAACAAAGAACAGGAAGAUUGCCUGGAUAUUUUAAUUAUAACAAGCGAUACAGUACUUGUAGACAGACUUUUGAAUUUUAGCAUAAACCUUGUUCCCCGUGGUAUACGCCAUUUGGAUUCUGCUGAAAUUUUUCCCACUGUGUCCAGGAAUAAGUAUGGAACUGGAGCAGUCAGCAUCCAGGCUGGCAGUGCUUUGCUUGCUAAGGGUGGCAUUUGCUUUAUAGGAGACUUGGCUUCCCACAAAAAGGAUAAACUUGACCAGCUUCAAUCAGUUCUGGAGAGCAGAAGCAUUAAAGUGUACAUCCCAGGGAAGAAGUUUGGAGAUGAAAAUGAUCAACAAAUGGCCUUUCCAGUUCUGUGCAGUUUUUGGUCUUUUGUUGAUAUGGAUUCACCUUCAAGGAGAAAUACACAGAAAACCAACACUUUAAUUGGCCAAAUGGAUUGCAGUUUGAUUCCAACUAACCUGAUGGAGGCAUUUGGAUUAUUAAUUAACUGCAAUGAAUCAUCUUCUUGCCAUCCACUUCUCCCGAUUGUGCAACAUACUUUAAAGAAAGCCAUUGAUCCUGAAGGGUUGCUUUAUGUAGCUUCUAAACAGUUCUCAACUGAAGACUUUGAAAAGCUACUGGCUUUUGCAAAGAAUAUGAAAGUAGAAUUCAGCUUGGAGGCGGAAAGAAUGAUUCAUGGCUAUUAUCUAGCAAGUCGCAGAAUCAGAACAGAUUCUACACACGGAUCAGAACUGUCAGCAUCUGCAUUAAGAUAUCUAGUUUCCCUAUCUGAAGCCCAUGCUCGACUGAACUUAAGGAAUAAAGUGCUCAAAGAGGAUGUGCUAAUUGCAGCCUUAUUAUUUGAAACAUCUCUCACCCUGAAAUAUGGGGCCAGCAUGUUUUGUGUUGCUCCAAAUGCACUAUUUCCAUUUGAUCUUUAUAACGAAGAAUAUUUAGAGCAAAGAGAUCGCUACCUGACUCAGUGCCAGCAACAGCUCCAGCAGUUUAUUGCCACAUGUGGACCUGGGACAACCGUUCUAUCCAGUGAUGAAUAAGCGAUCUGGGGACAUGUACAUGAUUUUUCCAUUCCUAAGAAGCCCUGUUUGACUUUUAAGUAAUACUUAAGCUAACUUUUACGUUAGAAUUCCCAAACAUAUGGGGCCCAGCACAGUGGAACAGCACACUAAUGCUCUGCCUGCUAGCACUGGCAUCCCAACUGCUUCACUUCCAAUUCAACUGUUUAUGGCCUAGCAAACCAGUCUUCCGGCCCCUCUGCUCACAUGAGAGAUCCAGAAGCUCCUGGCUUCGG